AUGACUCUGUCAAGAAGGGUUCCUUGCACCCUCUCGUCACGACCCAAACCCACCCCCAUUCCUCCAGGACGUGUUUUGCAUACCCCACAUUUGUUUACACCAGAUCGACAUCCUCCCGACUGCGCCAAUUACGUUGCAUGCAAUGAUGAAUACGAUAAUGCACAAAUAUCGCUGGCGAACUUAAAACUUCCAUUAGUCAUGAAGUUGGCUGCGUUGUGCUCGUUUUUCUCCGUUCUCCCGUACCUCGGUAACACCAUUGUAUGUUACCGUUGCCAAACCGGCUAUGUAACUUCCGAAGUUUGCAGUAACCUGUUGGCACCAGGGUUUGUUAAUGAGUGCGACGGUCCGAAUUCGCAAUGUUUCGAGUCCAUUCAGUGGUUUAAUAAUGGUGCUCUUCGUUUAGCUAUGAGGGACUGCUGGACCCCUCCUGAAAACACGACUGGGGGUUUUUGCGAAAAUUACCAAAGUCCUGAAGGAAUUUUGAAAUAUUGUAGGAACUGUACGCAGGAUUUGUGUAAUAUGGAUGAUAUAUAUCAACCUGUCAAAUUGUUGAACUGCUACUUUUAACAUGUCUCGACUACGUUUAUCGUCUAGAUAAUAAAAAUAAUAAAUGUGGCAUUCGUCAA